UUUUUUUUUUUAUCAUGUUACCAUCUUUGGGUUUAUUUAAAGAUAUUCCUUGCCCUGCUUUACCACAUUGUCAUCGUCCUUCUUGUGUUUUUUCUCACCAAUCUACUUCACUUACUACGAAACGAUACCAAACUGAAUCUACCUCCCAUCUCAAUACCAAUACAGCGAAACGACAACGCUAUGAACCACAGCAGUCUACCAUUCAAACUAAAAUAUCCAACAAAAAUAGUAGCAGCAAUAGUCGCGAUCUUCCACAAUUAAAAAAAACCCAGACAACAAAGGUUAGAUUACCAUCAUUUUACUUUAUUCGGUUCUCAUAUUGCUCUUUUAUAUAGAUCGCAGGUCCACCGACGAUUCAAGCUGAUAUCUCAUCACACACAGCACUCAAGAUUAGACAAACCAUUGCCAACAAGUUGUAUGAACAGUACAGUCGCGUGUAUCCGGCAAAAGUGCAUGGACCAUCGGCAAUGCAUCGGACACAACAACAGGAACGAUUCAUUCUAGAUAAAACCACCAAUACCUCGGGAUACAAACAACAAGCCAUGUCUCUACUUAUGCAACUCAAAAAGCAAGAUCCUAUUUCGGAACAAGAGACAUCAUUGGAAAAUAACGACAAAAAAGAAUUCAAUUUUGAUUUCUCCACUUUGGUUCUUUCUGAUGAACAGUUGGAUAUCAUGCAAUACCCUCGACCCACUUUAUUAUUAUCCAACACAACAUUAAAACAACAACAACAACAACAACAACAACAACAACAACAACAACAACAACAACAACAACGGAAAUGUGAUCGAUGUAAAAACCUCUUUAUCGUCAGGGCCAUUCUCGAUAAUCAGGAUGUCAAGGCAUGUGCAUAUCAUUAUGGUCGAUUACGCGUGUCUCAAAGUUUUGGAGAAAAGCAACGGACUUAUUCAUGUUGUGGAGAUCCUUUGGGUUCAACAGGAUGUGAAAAAGGACCUCAUGUUUUUAAAGAGGAAGAUAUAGAAAAAUUACAUGCAAGUAUUCCAUUUAUCAACACAAAAGAUAUCAACAAUAAUAACAAGGAAAAGGCAAAACUAUUAGCAUUGGAUUGUGAAAUGGGAUAUACAACAUUAGGUAUGGAACUGAUCCGAUUGACGGUGAUCAAUGAAAAUCAUGACAAAGUAUUGGAUGAAUUAGUCUUACCAUCACAUAUGGUGAUUGAUCUGAAUACUCGAUAUAGCGGAAUCAGUACGUUGGCAGGUGUCAAACAUAACUUGGAAUCCAUACGGCAAGCUUUAUUUGAUAGGAUGGAUCAACAUACAAUCUUACUUGGACAUGGAUUGGAAAAUGAUUUAAAGGCUUUACGGAUUAUCCACGACAAGGUGAUUGAUACUGCUGCCCUCUAUCCUCAUCCACAUGGACUUCCUUAUCGUUAUGGGCUCAGGGUACUGGCCACCAAAUAUCUUUCCAAAUUCAUUCAAGAUAGUUCGGAAGGACAUGAUCCAGAGGAAGAUGCAGGCACUUGUUUAGAUUUACUAUAUCACUACAUCAAACAAAAACAUCAAUAAACAGUCUAUUUUUCUAU